CUUUUUUUGUUCAUACAUUUCAGUCACAGCACUUUGAUUCUACGGAGCAGAUCAAAGAGCUGGAGCAUGCCAUCCAAGAACACAUUUGUGGACUGGCCGAGGUCAUGCAAAGAAGACAGCGUAUUGAAGAAGAGAGAAUUCAAUGACCCGUUCUCAUUUGCAGUGAAGGAGAAACUGAGCGGAGAGUGGAUCUGAUAAUGGGAAAAGCUGAUGUUGUGGAUGUAUUGGUGCAACUGGGUCAUCUGCUGCAAGAGGAAAAGCACCUUUCUGAACAACUGAAUGGACCAGAUGCUGUGGAAAGAAAACAAAGGAAUGAUUUGCAGGAAAGGAGUGAGCGCAUCAGAAACAAAGCUAGAAGUCUUGCUGCUGAAAUUCUGGAGGUGAAGGAGCGUCUGGCAGAGAUGAAGGCUCGUAAUGUGGCUGGCCAAUGAGAUCCACGAUAUGACGACCGGUGUCGAUUACCGCUCCAUCUUUCAUCUGUGCCCAGACGAUGAGGCUCUGCACGGACUGAGAGGAGUAAACUCCGUCCAGGGGCCAGCUGUAAACACUGACCCAGCCUCAGACGUGUUGGAGGACAAAUCCCCAGAGGAUGACAGACAGAGGGAGUCCAGCCUGGUUAGAGAGGUGUCAGACAAGAUGGUCUGCUCCGCCUGCAGAUGCGCCUUUGUUAGUCGUGAGGAACAGAUGGAGCACUACAAGCUUGACUGGCAUCGCUUCAACUUGAGACUAAAGAUUUCGGGGAUGCCACCCGUCACAGCUGAGGAGUUUGAAAGGAAGACUGGAGCUGGAGACAUGUCGAGUAUCUCGGGCUCGGAGUCUGAUUCAGAAGACGACGACUCGGAUAGUGAGAGUGGAGGAAAAAGCAGCAAUGUCACAGGCACUGAUAAUAACAGCUCAGUGGAAAACAGUUUAUUUACUGGCCGGCAUUACAACAAGGUGUUUUUCCAGAACUCAGCCGGACAAUAUAUAUCUGUGUACCGCUGCAUCCUACAGGGACAGUCAGACGAGGAUCGAGCAGUAGGAUCCUUCCUGAAAGCCUUAAGUCAGACGACUGUGUGGGUCGUUCUCAUGACAGGUGGAGGACACUUUGCUGGCGCCGUAUUCCGAGGAAAAGAAGUCCUUCUGCACAAGACCUUCCACCGGUACACGGUGCGCGCGAAGCGUGGCACGGCUCAAGGACUCAAAGACUCUCAGAACCGCAGCCACACGCCUAAAUCCGCAGGAGCUACUCUGAGGCGACACAACGAGGCGGCGCUAGUCAAGGAGAUUCAGGAUCUUCUGGUCAGCUGGGCUGAACACCUAAAGGAAGCCUCUGCAAUAUUUGUACGAGCUCCCAGCUACAAUAAAAGCAUCCUUUUUGGUGGCCGUGAAGCUCCGUUUGACAAGAAAGAUCCCAGGAUCCACACAAUCCCCUUUGCCACACGCAGGGCAACAUUUCGGGAGGCACGCAGGGCACAUGAGAUGCUUUCCACUGUCCAUGUUUACGGGAAAGACACAGACAUGUCUGCAGUGUUUGCUCCAUCUAAGAAGGCCUUGAAAAAAUCUGUCAAACCAGCAGCUCAAAUAAAUACAGAUCAAGAGAAAGCAGAUGAAAACCACGAUAGCUCUGGUGAAGAAGAGGGCGGCGACAUUCAGCUGGAGAUGGUGGAGAUGACCAUAGGAACUCUGGACCUCAGGGAGUUUGACAUUUAUCCCUCCAGGCCCAGGAGAAGGAGGAGGAGAAAGGAGGAGGAAUCCAAACAGCAAAAUGAGGAAUUGAGUCCCACAGAAGCAGACGAUCAAGAAGAAGUGCUCGAGGCUAGACCAGCAGAAGAUGCCCCUCAAGAGACACAAGCAAGGCACAAGAGGAAGAGGAAAGCACAGAGUAAGAAGCAACUGGAAGGAGUUGUUGAUGAGUCGUCAGGUUAUGGCCUGAGGGAUGAAGUGUUCACAGCCUGUAAGGUUGGGGAUGUGGACGCUCUACGUGGACUCCUUCAGCCGCCUGGAGAUACGUCACAGAGUCCGGAGCAGUCGCAGAGUAACCCGUCUGAUGCUCCAAGUCCUCCGAUCCUCCUCAAUCACCCCAUAGACUCGUCGGGGUUCACUUUGCUGCACGUUGCCUCGGCUGCUGCGCAGAAGGCAGUGGUCAGGUUUCUCCUGGAUGCAGGAGCAGACCCAGCCUGCAGGUUAACACAUUGUGUCUUCAAGUGUAGUGAAGGUCAACAUUUCAGAAUGAUCAUUUGCAGCAAUUCUAUUCCCACUCUUAAACAUUAUUUCUACAGGGAUAACAAAAGACAGACGCCAUAUGUUGUCUGCCCUGACAAAGACACACGGAAUGUCUUCCGUAAAUACAUGGGCGAGAAUCCGGACAAAUAUGACUACAUCAAGGCACAGAUCCCUGGACCCCUAACGGCAGAGAUUGAAUCCAAAAAGAUGGAGAAGAAAAGGGCACAAAAGGCUUUAAAAAAACAGCGAGAAAAAGAGCAGAAGGAGGAGAAGAGGAAACAGGACUCUGAGGCUGAAGAAAAGAAGAGGUUUGCAUCGCUGACUGAUCGUGAAAAGAGAGCUCUGGCAGCAGAGAGGAGGUUAGCAGAGCAAGUAGCUGAUGUCAAGAGGUGCUGGUUCUGUGGAGAGUCUCUGUUUGGGAAGAUCCCAUUUCAGUACCUGGAGUAUUCGUUCUGCACCCCUAGCUGUGUCCAAGCACAUAGAAAAACCCACACUCUUCCAGGCAAGACUUAACCCCAAUAUAUAUAGAUCUAUAUAUUUCUCGGGGGAAUUUUGGUUGGAAGGAAGCUAUCAUUAAAACUAAAGUGAAAUUGGGCAGCCUUGAUGGAUCUAAUAUGGCUGUCUUGCCAAUGUGCUAGUUUCAUUUUCAAUUCAACAUGGAUCAAAAAUAUAAUUUGUAUCAUGUCAGAUAAAGACAACUUGGAGAAUAAACCAUAUUAAAUGUAUUUAUUCACAGUAUCUGCAACAAUGGAAAUGGUAUGAGCAAUAAAAAAAUAUCUACUAA